AUGACAAAUAUGUCGCAAGCUAAAGCAAGUGUAAGCAAAGUGCAGACUGAGCUCAGCAACUCAUCUAAUACUACCGGAUCUGAAGAAGAGAGUCGAUCCCACAGAGAGAGCUUUGACGGCGGAUCCAGUUCAAGUGAAAGCAGAAGUAAACUCAACGUUGAAUAUUCUGCAGAUAUUGAGCCAUUGAAGUUCAGAAUGACAAAAUCUAACAACGCCAAUGUCAAAAAGGGCAGUAAUAGCGACAGCGGUAACGCCGCGGAUUCCUUUAUGAGACUUAAAGAGCAUUUGCAAAGAGGAAAUAGUCUUACUGCCAAUCUCAGGGUCAAUGAGUUUUACCCUUUCAAUUCUAUUGAUACUGAACAAUUUGAAAACUAUCUGAGGGAACCAAAAUACAUUAAAAUGUUGAAACGGCGGAAAAACUUAAAGCAGUUCCGAAGAUUAUUUUUGGCUCAAGAACUAACGGCAUACGAAGGUGACACCAUUUCUUUCGCCUCCAAGUCAUCAGAACCCAAUUCUAAGGCGAUAUGGAGUACAAAGUUUAGCCGUGAUGGUAAAUUCAUGGCCACAGGUAGUAAAGAUGGUAAAAUAAGAAUAUGGAAAGUCAUUGGUUCCCCGGUAGAAAGAGCCGAGUUGGACUCUAGUGCAGAAUCUAGUAAAGAAGCACGCGCCAAGUCGAUGCGCAUCAAACAACAAGUUAAUUCAUUGGGCAAUCCAAAGGAAAGACAAUUUUUGGAUGCUGCUACAGAAAAAUAUGAAGAGAAGGAAAAAUUGUUGAAUUUGUAUGCCCCAGUUUUCCACCCAACGCCAAUACGGCUUUACAAUGAACACGUUCAGGAUGUUCUCGAUAUAAAUUGGUCUAAGAAUAACUUCAUUUUAUCAGCGUCGAUGGAUAAAAGUGUCAAGCUCUGGCAUCCAGAUAGGAAAAAUUCACUUAAGACAUUUGUUCAUCCUGAUUUCGUGACUUGCGUGGAAUUUCAUCCCACAGAUGAUAGAUUUUUCAUUAGCGGUUGUCUAGACCAUAAAUGUAGGUUAUGGUCCAUCUUGGAUGAUGAAAUUAGCUUCGAGUACGAUUGCCAAGAUUUGAUCACAUCCGUCACAUUAUCUCCCGAGGAAGGUAAAUACACAAUAAUAGGAACUUUCAACGGAUACGUCCAUAUUUUGAUGACUAAAGGCCUUACGCCGGUCUCCUCAUUUCACGUAGCUGACAGACAAACCCAAGAACAAAAUGCACACGUCAUGGUCACAGACACUGACUCAAAAAUUCGUCAUGGUCCUCGUGUAACGGGUUUGCAAGCGUUUAGAUCUCAAAUAGAUAACUCGUUCCGUCUAGUAGUUACUUCAAAUGAUUCCAGGAUAAGAAUCUUCGAUUUAGAACAAACGAAGCUUUUGGAAGUACUGAAGGGGUUCCACAGUGGUUCCUCUCAACACAAGGCACAACUUUCUAUCUGGCAUGGUCAACCAAUCGUUGUAAAUAGUAGUGAUGACCACUGGGUUUACGGCUGGAGGUUAAAAUCCUCAGAGAAAAAAAACGACCAAGAUGAACCCAAAAGAAAACCAAAAGGAUUGGCUCGAUCUGGAAGCCUUAGAAGCAUAUUUAGCAAAUCCAUGAGUAGAUCAUCUAGUCAGAACGCUGAAGAAAAGCCACACCAUCACUUGAAACUUAGUAAUCUACUUCCCUUGCCACAUCAUAGCAAUGACCAUUAUAUCAAAAAUACGGACUACAUUUCUUUUCACGCUCAUAAUGCUCCAGUCACUUGUGUUAGUAUUGCCCCGCCAGAAACUUCAAAGACUUUAUCCCUAUCCAAUGAUGUAAUUUGCGAAUUAUCUUUAGAAUUCUUUCAAACUUCGGACAGUUUCGAUGUUCUGAGUCGAGGUAACGACGAUGGCAUCAUGUCAGACGUAGAAUCUUCUUUGAAUUACAACUCUAAACCAAGCUCGGCUACUAAUACAUCUGCCGCUGGCGCUAUUCUAGACGUGGUUGACGCGAUUGGAACGAUACUGAUCAGCACCGAUAACGUAGGCAAUAUUCGUGUGUUCAGGGCAGACAUGCCAUCUGUUAUAAGAGGACGUGUGUUGCUCAAACUCCAAGAAUACAACCGGGAGGUCCGGAGAAGAUUCAAUAGCUCUGAUUCCUUAUAUUCAUUAGGCCGAAGCUUCAAUUCGAGAGGCAAAUCAAAUCUACCUGGCCAACCCACGACCGCAAAUUACAAUAGCACUGGCAAAAGUCAUGCAACGGCGCGUGGAUACUCCAAUAUAUGCCCCAAAAGCAGCACAUCGUUAAAAACCCUCGGCAGCAAUGCGCAGCCGAAAACACCAAGAGAAAGCAUGUCAUCAUUUUUUUCCAAUGCACAUGGGCCUACUACCCCAGCAAGCGCGAUGAAUUUGGCGAUACGUUGCAACGUUUGCAAUGGUUCAAGAUUUGAAGCGUUUUCUAGUGCUAAUGAUCAGCAAGAUAGAAACUACUAUUGCGUAGAUUGCGGUACUGUAGUUAACAAUUUCAGAUAG